CUUCCUGAUUCCGUACGUAAUAAUGCUGAUGUUGGUGGGUCUGCCUCUGUUUCUGCUCGAGUCAGCUGUUGGGCAGUUCAGCUCUUCGAGUUGUCUCACGCUUUACUCCGUCGCUCCUGCGUUUAAAGGAAUCGGUUUCUCCUCGCUGCUGGUGACCUUAAUCGCCAGCACCUACUACAGCGUGGUUGUGGCUUACCCUCUCGUCUACCUCUUCCAUUCAUUCAGCAGUCAGUUGCCUUGGGCUUCCUGCGACAACUACUGGAACAGCCCUCGUUGCGCGCUGUCUGCUACGACCAACUUCACUAAUUCGACGGAGACGGCAGUUUCAGCGGCCGAUGAAUUCUUUCACAACCGCGUUCUGGAGAUCUCUUCAAACAUCGACGACCCAGGCGGUUUCGUGUGGCCCAUAGUGAACACGACCCUCUUUGUUUGGACAUUUGUAUUCCUCUGUGUUUUCAGAGGUGUUAAAGUUGUCGGAAAGGUCGUGUGGUUCACCUCCUCCUUUCCUUUCCUGAUGCUGAUAAUCCUGUUCAUUCGAGGUGUGACGCUCCCGGGUGCCUGGGACGGAAUUUACUAUUACAUCUAUCCGGAUUUCAGCAAACUGGGGGAUCUCAAGGUCUGGGCAGACGCGGCAGUUCAGAUUUUCUUCUCGAUCGGCACAGGAUGGGGCUCCUUGGCCACCAUGGGGUCUUUUAAUAAGUUCCGCAACAACUGCCUCCGCGACGCCCUCUUCGUGCCCGUCCUCAACUGCGCCACCUCCUUCUUCGCCGGCUUCGUGGUGUUCUCCGUCCUCGGGUUCAUGGCGCACAAGACGGGCACCUCCGUGGAAAAUGUCACAGCCGCUGGUCCCGCCCUGGCGUUCAUCACGUACCCGGAGGCCCUGUCGCUCAUGCCCUUCGCGCCGCUCUGGUCCGUCCUGUUCUUCCUCAUGCUCUUCUUCCUCGGCAUCGACUCCAUCUUCGUGCAGAUCGAGAACCUGGUGAUGUCGGUCGUGGACGAGUUCCCUGUCCUACGCACCAAGAAGGGUUGGGUCACGUUUGCGC